AUGAAAACAAUAUUGAGCGCGGAAUAUGAAGUGAAAGAUAUCAAGCUGGAUCCAACCUCCGAAGAGUACAACUGGAAUUAUGCCGAUAAUUAUGUGGCUGGUCAUCGAGAUUAUCUCCAAAACCCGGCACAGCAGCUGCACUUCUGGCGGGUCCGUUACGUUUUGAUACCGCUUCAACUCCAGGGCAAUUCUCGGCGAAAUUUGCAGACGUCCCAUGAGGAUAACGAGGAAGAAAUUCAUUUGCUGGGGAUCAGCCAACUGACCCAUAUCUGGCAACGAUACAAAUACGUGUCGCCAGAGGAAAAGCUUUUCGAGACAUCAAAUCCCAAGCGAGACCAGAAUCCUUUGAACAUCAUGUACCAAACACGCAAUCCAUCCGAGAUCGUUACAGCAGAGCUGGACCGUUUGCUACUCACUGAUCCAGGGCUUGACAAUGCGCCUGCUCAGCUCUUACCGGAGUCAGAACUGUUGGACAGAUCCAGCAUCAGUCUUAUGUCGUUAGCGCAAAUUAUCCAAGGCGAAAAGGGCGUCCGGAUGAUGGACCGACGUUGGCAUUGGAGGUUACACUACAAUUGCUUCAUCGGGUUUGAAUUCACAACCUGGCUGUUGCAAAACAUCCGUGAUAUCGAUACCCGUGAACAAGCGGUCAAAUUCGGCAACGAGUUAAUCGAUCAUGGGUUGUUCCAACACGUGGAGAAGAGACACAACUUCCGGGAUGGCAACUAUUUCUAUCAAGUCUGUGCCGAUUAUCGUGUCACUCGUCCUGAGUCUCGAGGAAGCUGGUUCCCUCAGCUUAGACCUGACAAAUCGAUGCCGUCGACACCCGCCAUCGGGACUGCCAAGGACUCUCCUGCCAGCCUCAAAGCUCGAUCAGACAGCAUCGACGAGCGCAUACCACAGACUCCCAACACUCCUUCCAAGGCGAAGAACAAGGUUGCCAUCAUGCUGUCGAAAUCCAUGAAAUUCGAUGUUGAUCCGCGCAAGCGGUCGAAUCGACCGGAGGUGAUUGACCUUCACUGGGACCGACUACAUAACCCCGAGAAUUGCUUCCAUAUCGAACUCAGCUGGAUGAGCACGACCCCCAAGUUGAUUGAAGAUACCGUGCUUUCUUGGGCCUCGACUGCCGACAAAUUCGGGCUGAAAUUGGUACAGGUGCCGAUCGCCGAAGCCUGUGCUAUCGACAAGACGCAGCCAUUCCGGAAACCCUACAGGGUCACACUCAAGGUCCCCCCACCCAAAGGACCACUGCACACAGUGUUCAACAAUGCGUCGUUUGCGCAACCGGGUCCACCGGAUCGCCUCUACUACCAGAAGGCCAUAUUGCGGAAGUUUGAUUUCGUUCUAGACUUCGAAGCCGCCUCUGCAUUCCCAGCAGACGUUGAAGUAUCUUACUCCUGGGGAAAGCCCGAUUACAUUUACCCGCAAUUCAUUCACCGAACCGGAAGCAUCCUCGCGCAGAUUACGGACGAAGGCGAUUUCCUGCUCCUUGCGAAUCGGCUGGUGAGUACCCGCAGCACUCCGAGUCGAGACGCAGGCCGUUUCGACAACCACAAUCGGUCCGACUUCCGAGGCCGUGCAGCAAAUCAUGAUGGACUUGACCGCGUCUCGCCCCGACUUUCCCCAAUUACCCGGCCCGUUCAUGACAUUGGCAGCAUCGGUAGCCCACUUACCCCAUCCGGAUUAGCCAGCAUCGACCCAGCAAACCUGUACCGGGCUCCGGAACACAUCCUCAACGGCUUGGCUGAGUUCUGCAGCGAUGCAGCCCAGCUAGAGCAGUUCUACUCGGAGUCACAUGCUCGUCCAGUAUCCACAAAGGUGGAAUCGACUACCACAAACCUAAUGGAUGCAUCGAUCCCGUCGCUCGAGCUUCCUGCCAGCGUAGUCAGUCAUCCUAUCUCACCGCCGCCAGGACUGCCAUCCCGGAUCACCCGUGAGUCGCGCGAGGGACUGAUGUCACCGGAAGUUACACGUGCCAGGGCUCGAGGGGAAAGUAUCAGCUACAAUGCAAGCCCUAGGAGUGGCAGCUUACGACCCUUGAUCUAA